AUGGCACUAGAUGUUGAAGAGGCAAUAUCGAGCUAUAAGCAGCUGUUGAGACGCUAUUUACGUUCAACCAACAGAAUCCAAUGGAGAAGAACAGCCCAAGAAUUGGAUUAUUUAGCUAGGUACGCGAUCGAUAACCGAGAUGGGACUACAGUUGAAUUCUUCGAAGGACAACUAUAUGAAGUUUUAAGUCCUUGCAAUUUCAGCCCCUACAUUUCAUUAGAACAUUAUAGGAAUUUUGUCACAUUUUAUAAUGGGUUCUUUACGAAGUUGCAAUAUCUGAAGGGCCAUAUUGGUGACGAAUGGCUCAAGUCAUGCAAAGUGAAAUAUUUGUCACUUGCAAUCGACGGUCUUCCACUACUUUUGAAUAGGUGUUGUGAUGAUUAUAUCUUCAAAGAUGAAAAUUGCCUUCAUGAUGGUACCUGCAUCUUCGAAUGCAUAAGAUAUUAUGAAUCUUCACUACGAUCAAAAUACGAGGACCCUCCUAGCAAACUGACAGGGUUUGAUGAAGAGUUGAUAUGCCGUGUUGUGAACUGGGUAAGCAAAUACGAGAAGGAUUUUGGUAGAAUCUAUGUGAUGUGGAAGAAGACCGAAGAGUUUUUGAAAUCAUACGGUUCAGAUAUGCUCUUAAACUCACCUGCAUUUCAACUGUUUUCGGACAACCGACAUCUGUUAGUUCCAAAGACCUUAGAGAACUACAUAUUGCCACCAGACACAGUUUUCUCCGUCUAUGGUCGUGGCGGUUGUGAUGGAAGUUACGAGUUCGAUAGUCACGAUGUUGAGCAUUAUUAUUCAAACAAGGGAUUGCAUUGGGAACAAGAUUUUGACCUUUUACUCAGGAAAGUGAUUUUGGUUGAUGAUUUCCGUUGUGCAAGGCUAUGGCAGAGAAGCACAUUAAGACGUCAAUUUGAGCAAAGUCUCAGUAAUGUAGAUGAAUUCCACGUCGAGUUAUUCAACUACAUGCACGAGAAAUUUCAAAGCAACUAUGAUGCCAUAAGAAAAAGUCCCCAUAAAACGCUUUCCAAAUUAGAAGAAAUAUGGAUCAACGCUUUGUCCACUUUUCUGAUUCAUUACUUAGUAUCCCUUGAUGACUUUAUGCAUUUAAUUCUACGCAAAUCAAUACUCCCUCAAAUCCUUGCGUUAUGUGGUAGAUUCAAACCAUUUUACCAGCACAAAGCCUGUUUGGAAAGACGUGUUUUUGACAAUGUGUGCAAAACUGCACCGGGGUCAGUUUUAGAAUUCAAGGAAUCAAUUGAUUGGAUCUUAGCUUCACCAAUAGAUUCAAAUAAAAUCAAUGGAAAUGGCCCAAUCAUUGAAAAAGUGUUCAUGUCCAGCCAAAUUGCUGAGCAAUUCAAUUUAUCAUCCGAAGGGGAACCAAUUUGGCCCAACCAAGAUUUCAAAGAUUGUUGGAAUGAACAACUAGAAUCCUUUUCAUCAGAAGGAAAGACAUUACACGGCUGCUUCAGUAAACAUUUAAUAAUCAUGAAAUUACCAAUACCUUCUUCCAAUACAAAUAGGAUUACGCUAAUUACAAAUUUAUCAAUUGCAGGCAUUCUAAACCUCUAUAAUGAUGAUGCAAGGCUGACAAUGGAUGAAAUUCGCAUGAAAUUGGCAAUUGACGAAUCCAAAGAACCCAUUUUACAGGAGAAUUUACAAAAACUCUUGAGUUUUGGUUUAAUAGUUCUGACAAGGGAUAGUUUCUAUAUAUUCAACUACAAAUUCAAGAAGACAAGCUCCUCUGAAAAGUUUUUAAAAUUGGUAUAG